CCUGAGAUCCUUUCAGAAGGGAACCCUGCUCCUCGCGACGCAGGGCCAAGUGCCACCCGGGAUAGUUCUGGUAAGAACUGAAAGCAGGAAAAGCGAGGUGCGCCCUUCCGGAAGCAGCAGCCCCUGCCGGCCGGUCGGAGGCCCUGGGGGGGAUUUGGGUGCCAGCCCCAAGUGACAAAGUGACAGACGGAUGGACGGACCUUUCUCCUGACAGUACGAGGACGCAGGCUGGCAAAUCAGCCUCGAGCCCAAGCUCGCUCGUGAAGAAAUCACCCGGGGAGCACGCACACGGGACCUGGAGGGAGAGGGCGGCCCCCCGGCAAGAGCAACAAGGCAACAGGGGAGGGAAUCCAGACGGACUUGUGGCUUCAGCAGCUACUCACCCCGAGCGGGAGCAAAAUGUCCCUGAAGUUGCCAAGAAACUGGGAUUUCAACCUGAAAGUGGAGGCUGGGAAAAUAGCGCGCUCCAGGAGUGUGAUGACCGGCGAGCAGAUGGCCACCCUGCACCUGCCGGCCCCCAGCCCGCUGCAGAGGCCCGUCAAGAUGGGCUGGCUGAAGAAGCAGCGCUCCAUCGUGAAGAACUGGCAGCAGAGGUACUUCGUGCUGAGGGCGCAGCAGCUCUGCUACUACAAGGACGAGGAGGACGGGAAGCCGCAGGGCUGCCUGUACCUACCAGGAGGCACGAUCAAGGAGAUCGCCACCAACCCAGAGGAGGCAGGGAAGUUUGUCUUCGAAGUCAUCCCAGCCUCAUGGGACCAGAGUCGCACAGGACAGGACUCCUAUGUCCUCAUGGCCAGCUCUCAGGCGGAAAUGGAGGAGUGGGUUAAAUUCCUUAGGAGAGUCGCUGGCACGCCCUCCGGAGCUGUGUUUGGCCAGCGUUUGGAUGAGACGGUGGCCUAUGAGCAGAAAUUCGGCCCCCACCUGGUGCCCAUCCUCGUGGAGAAGUGUGCAGAGUUCAUCCUCCAGCACGGCCUACAUGAAGAGGGCAUCUUCCGGCUCCCUGGGCAGGACAACCUGGUGAAGCAACUCAGAGAUGCUUUUGAUGCUGGGGAGCGGCCCUCCUUUGACAGAGAUACGGAUGUGCACACAGUGGCCUCCCUGUUAAAGCUCUACCUCCGAGACCUCCCAGAGCCAGUGGUUCCCUGGAGCCAGUACGAGGGGUUCCUGCUAUGUGGGCAGCUCAUGAACGCGGAUGAGGCAAAGGCGCAGCAGGAGUUGGUGAAGCAGCUGUCCCUCCUUCCUCGAGACAACUACAGCCUCCUGAGCUACCUGUGCAGGUUCCUACAUGAAAUCCAGCUGAACUGUGCUGUUAAUAAGAUGAGCGUGGAUAACCUGGCUACCGUGAUUGGUGUGAAUCUCAUCCGGUCAAAGGUCGAAGACCCUGCUGUGAUCAUGAGAGGGACUCCUCAGAUCCAAAGAGUGAUGACCAUGAUGAUCAGAGACCAUGAAGUUCUUUUCCCAAAGUCCAAGGAUGUACCCCUCUCACCCCCUGCUCAGAAAAAUGACCCUAAGAAACCUCCAGUAGCUCGAAGUUCUGUGGGCUGGGAUGCCACUGAAGACCCUCCAAUUUCUAGGGCAGAUAGCUUCAGUAACACGACCAGCAACUCGGAUGCCACUAGCCCCACUGGACAACAGCCGAGCGAUGGGUGUCUGGAAGAGAGCAGUAAAGCCCCCAGGGAAAAGCUAGGAGAUUGGAAGCUGCAGUCACGAAAAAGGACUCAGACGCUCCCUAAUCGGAAAUGCUUCUUGACGUCAGCGUUUCAAGGUGCCAACAGCGGCAAAGUGGAGAUCUUUAAAAAUGAGUUCUGGUCACCUUCAGACGUAAAGGCAGGGGACGGGCACAGGAGAACGCUGUCUCAAGGUGUGCCUCACUAUCCCGACGCCCAGCGGACUUCCACCUACGAUAACGUCCCCACCCCGCCGGGGCCCACCGGGGAAGAGGCAGCCGCGGCCUCUUCCCCUGCUUGUGACUCCAAGAGAGAAACUGUUGCCAGCCCCAGCUCUGAAACUAGGCCUGAGAAAAAGAACUCUGGCGAGGAGGAACUUGAAUCCUUGCAGACGGUGGUCCAGGAGCUGCGAAAGGAAAUAGAAACACAGAAGCAAAAGUACGAGGAACAGAUCGAAAACCUCGAGAAGGAAAACUACGAUGUGUGGGCCAAGGUGGUGAGGCUCAACGAGGAGCUGGAGAAGGAGAAGAAGAAGUUUGCGGCCCUGGAGAUCAGCCUCCGCAAUGUGGAACGCUCCCGGGAGGACGUGGAGAGGAGGAACAAGGCCCUGGAGGAGGAAGUCAAGGAGUUCGUCAAAUCCAUGAAAGAGCCCAAGGCCGACGCGUGAGGGGCCCACGGGAGCCGAGGGGAGGCCCCCCCAACGCGCCGCCUCCUGACUGAGAAGCAAACGACUCCCCAGGGAGUCGGGAGGAGACAUUUGCAGGGACACGUCCCAUUUCCCAGGAAAAUUAAUCGGUGGAAUUUACAGGAAGGUGAGGGUGAGCAGGGACGCGCGGGGACAUCGAUGACCCCCUGCCGCUCUGUUCAGAAGGCCCACGUCGCCCCGCGGGGUCUCAGGAGGGUGAGACGGAACCUCCCACGGCGGGGAGGCCAGGGCCGGUGGAGGCAUCGGGCAGGCCCUCUCCCAGGGCCGACGCCGCGGGCUGCACGGAGGCGUUAGCUCCUUAUUUUUUGUUUUUUGUUUUUUUUUGCUUCGGGGGAACAAUUCAUCCAGGCACAUGGCCUCGCGGGGUCCUUGAGACGCAGGGCGGAGACGAUCUUUCGCCCUCUUGUGCUCACCUGAUGAGCUGUGGUCUGGGCGGCUGCACCUGCUGACCAGAGCCCGCUCCGCCAGCCCCUCCUGGAUGCCUACCCUCGGGGGCUGGAAACCCAAACGUAUUAUUAGACUGAGACAAAAACGAACAAUAAACUUUGUAUUUAUGAAGGCAAAAUCGAUGAGAGAAGUAUAUUAAAAAACAAAAACAAAAAAAGAAACAAACAAAAAAGGCAGGUGUGUCGGGAGCCCCUGCGGGGCGGUGGGCCCGGGAACGGCGCCUUCCCCCCACGGUGUUGGGCUCCCUUGGAGGCUCGCUGCGGCUUUUAGAGAACGAUAGUCACGGUAAUGGGGGUUUUUUAUUCUGUUUCAUCACAAUGAAAGUGCUUUGGCUCUUGAAGGGGACCAGACACAGGAGGGAGUAGCUGUGGGGUGUUCCUGGCCACCGGAGGACGCCCCCGCAGCCUCGCGGGCUGGUGAGGCCCGUCGCCCUGGUUAGGCGCUCUCCAGGCUCUGCGGACCUGCACCCCAGCGGUAGAAAACACCGGACAGAGGCUCCCCAGCGGUGCCUCCACCUGGAAUCCCAUACGUGCUGCGGCGUCGCUCUCAGGCACACACAGCGCAGACGUGGAGCAGCAACGGCCCCAGACACGUGCACGUUCUCGAGGUGCCUUCCACCCUGGAGGCCACCAGUGGAAGCAGGUGUCCCAGCAGGUGUCGCCUGGGCUCCUUAGGCGCCUGUCCCCCCAUCCCGGCCGUGCACGGACUCGGACCCCGCAAGCAGGUGGCCGCGUCACGGGGCUGAGAUCUGCGGUCUCCGUGUGUGUGUGGGGGGGGGGGUGGCUUCCCUGCGCGAGUUUCCGCCCUCACUCCUUUUUCUGCUUCCGUUUUCUCACUCCUUCUCCUCUUUGUUUUCUCCGCCCCGUUGUCCUCCCCCUGCCGGUGGCCGUGGCGCCGGCCCCACGGAGCAAAGGGUGCAGACGGGGGCACAAACAAUUCUGAUGCUCAAACCCUCCCUACCCCCGUGUCGACAGAAUCAGGAUUUGGGGGGCGGUGGAGCCUAAGAACUUCUUUCUUUAAAAAAAAAACCUCCCAGUUAUUUCCAAUAUGCAAACAGAAUUGUUACACAUGGUUGCAAAACUGCUGAGUUUGGCUCAACUCGUGACUAGUGAUGAUAUUAAAUCUACCUACGCCUUUU